AUGACCGUCAAGAGCGAACACCAGGGAGCCCUGGGCUGUGCCCGCCUGCGGGUGGCCGGGCGCCGGGCUGUUUGGAAUAAACUUGAUUUCUUAGGACGGCGCCAGGUGGACAGCGCACCCUAUGACUGUGGGGUCGAGGGCAUGCAGCUGCUGGUGCUCCCCCCGGAAGGCCGCACUGUGCGGUUCAAGGUGAUGGAUGAAUUUGGGAACCAAUUUGAGGUGAACAACUGCUCCAGCUGCUACCACUGGGUCACGGCCAAGCCCCAGGGGCCUGCAGUCUUCUCUGCUGAUUACAAAGGCUGCCACGUGCUGGAGAAGGCCGGGCGUGCCCACCUGAGCGUGUUCAUCGAAGCUCUGCUGCCUGACGGUCGUGUGGACGUGGCACAAAACCUCACGCUGGUCUGUCCCAAACCCGCCCACAGCUGGACGACAGCCCAUGGCCCGCUGGUCCCAUCCACCAGCUUCUCACUCUCCACCCCGCACACCCGCGAGCUCAGUCCCACCACUGAGCCCAGCGUCAGCCCCCCAACCCCUGCCUCCCCAGCCCUUGGAUCGGGCCCCACCCACCCCACCCGGGCCGGCGCCCAGGGGGCCACGGAGGUGGCCUGGGGAGCUGACAAGCCGGAGGACAUCGGCACCCGUCCAACCCCGGAGCAGUGUCGGGGGGACUCGGGGCACAUCCCCUGCAUGGCGCGAGGAAGCUCAAAGGAAGCCUGUCAGCAGGCUGGCUGCUGCUAUGACAACACCAGGGAUGUUCCCUGUUACUAUGGCAACACAGCGACGGUCCAGUGCUUCAGGGAUGGCCACUUCGUCCUGGUGGUGUCCCGAGAGACGGCCUUGGCGCACAGGGUCACGCUGGCCAACGUCCACCUGGCCUACGCCCCCACCCGCUGCGCCCCCACCCAGGACACGGGGGCCUUCGUCGUCUUCCGCUUCCCAUUCACCCACUGCGGCACCACCAUCCAGGUGGUUGGCAACCAGCUCAUCUAUGAGAACCAGCUGGUGUCGGACGUCGAUGUCCAAGUGGGACCACGGGGAGCCAUCACCCGGGACGGCAGCUUCCGGCUUCAGGUUCGCUGCAUCUUCAAUGGCAGCGACUUCCUGCCCCUCCAGGCAGCUGUCUUCCCGCCUGUGUCGCCCGCCUCUGUGGCCCAGCCUGGCCCCCUGCGGCUCGAGCUGCGGAUCGCCAAGGACGAGACUUUUGGCUCCUACUACGAGGAGAGGGACUACCCGCUGGUGCGGCUGCUCCUGGAGCCCGUCCCGUGCCCUUUCGAGGGCGACAGCUACAGGACCCGCCUGGUGGCCUUGGACAGGGCUGAGCUGCCUUUCCCGGCGCAUUACCAGCGCUUCACCGUGGCCACCUUCGCGUUCCUGGACUCCGGCUCCAGCAGGGCCCUCAGGGGACCGGUCUACUUCUUCUGCAGCGCCUCCGCCUGCUCCCCGUCGGGGCUGGAGCCCUGCUCCGCUCCCUGCGGCUCCAGGACUGCACGUGCGUCUGGGCCUCGCCUCCCCUCUGCAGGCUCCGCCGGGAACUCGGACCCGAGGCUUCCCCUCGGGGUGGCCCUGCUGCUGGCGGCUGUGGCCCUGGUCCUGGGGAUCGGUGUCUUCGUGGGCCUGAGUCGGGCCCAGGCCCCGGGGCUCCUGGGGGGCAGCAGGGGCUGAACGGCUCAAUAAA